AUGACCAGAUCAGAAAUACCAGCGACCCGGUUACGAACCCCUGAUGCAUUAGACGGUAUUCCUCGCGAUCUCCAAACCAAAUAUCAGCGAGCCGUUCUCAUGGACCGUCGACCACGGCUGAUAUGGGUGCGAACCUGGUUCGGUAACGGGACCGUCACCCGAGAAGAAGCAGAUACGGCAUAUGGAAAGCUUUGCGCGCAUUGCGACGACGAUAAAUCCGAAUUCAUAGACGGAGACGGGGCAUUUGAAGACGAUGAAAGUCUCGCUGACCGCGUAGGUGCACGAACAACCACAGGCGUCACUCCUCCAUAUGUAUUCCAAAUUUUGAAACGAUAUCCGGAUUUCAUGUAUAGUCCGAGUGAUGCGAAAGAUGUUAGGAUCGUGGAGAGCGGGAAAUAUGUUGGGCAGCAGAAGCUGCUAUUUUUGGUUGCCGAUAAGAGGGCUUGUAAAUUAGGGGAGAUGUUGCUAUUAGGUGUUGAUGAGUUUGGAGAGAUGAUGCCAGGGAGAUUAAGGGUUAAGGCUGGGGAUGUUAUUGUCAGUGUGGGGAAUUGGUUUGAUGGGCAGGCUCUUGAUGAGAAUUUUCGGGAGGGGGAGGAAGGUGAACAGGAGUGUAAUCUUGAUGGUGGGGGUUGGGAUUUGGGAUACGAUAAUGGUACUUCUAUUCCAGUAGCUAAGGUCAAGGGGUCAUCCGAAUACAAAACCUUGAUGAAAGAAUUCUCUGACGCUCCUAUCAACCGUGGAUCUUGGGGUGUAAAAUCACCCGAAACAAUGGAGGUGUCUGAGUAUGGCGGUAUUCCCAUCUGGGCUUGGUUAUACUUUCGACGACUUCUCAACAAAGUCCUCUUGCGACCAUCCACACCAGAAAUAAGGAUAUUGGCCGAAAUGGUGUCAAAUUUGAGUCAGGAAGUGGAAUCUUAUCUGGGAAGGAAAGUCAAAAGGGCUGCUUUAGCUUCACCAAAUCGAGCUGGCCUCACAGCACACGAGAUAGGAGAUGUCUUUUACUAUCUCGGGAUCGAGGAUCUUGUAAUUGAUAGUUACGAUCUAGCGGUGUUCUCUAGCCUCUCUUCCAUGGCUGCCGCGAUGGCUGGCUAUGGCGAAGGACUAUGUCCUCACUAUACCAACUCCUAUAUAUGUCUCAAAGAGGAACAUUAUUUUCCCAUGCGUCGGACACUUCAUUUAGAUUACAGUAACAACACUCUCAGCGGAGGUGUAGAACGACUUACAACGGCAAGAAAAUAUUACUUCCACGAUUACUUUGCUGAGCUGGAGAUAGGCAGUGAGCACCUACAUCAAAACGCGGUUCAUGAGGCAGAGUAUUUUGUAGCACUCGAGUCGCGCAUUCGAGCCGUUAUCAAAGAUCGAAAGAUUGAAGGUCUGCUUUUGACGGGCGAAAGCGCAUGGGAACCAAAAUUCAUUCAGGUUGUUAAGAAUGUAUUAUCAAGCGUUUCGUUACCAAAUGUGACGAGCUGGCUAGAUGAUUUGCCUUCGAACUUUUCAGACAAAGCUCUUUACGCAACUUCUAUUGGGGCAGCUGAGUUGGCGAAGCGGAGACAGGAGGGUAUGGCGAGGUGCAUAAUGCCCUAUGAGUGCGCUGAACGGAGUUCGGCAAAGAUUGGAAGUCACACAGAUGAAUUAUAA